GAUGCUGUUGUUGAUUGCAUUCAAGUUGGCUUCAACUUAGGACAGACCUAGACAUAACAUGGUACGGUCAUUCCACUGACACGUUGUCCUGGUUUCUCAGUAUUUGGGAAGGGUCUUUUCUUGUCAACAAUUCGGGCAAAUGUCACCAUUCUUCCCACCUCGCUAGCAAAGAGCAUGUUUAGAGCACUUUAACUUCCUUCAUGCUUAGAAGUCUCACUCAGUGCACUUUUGCCCUGUUCAUUUUAUGUUUUUAUCGUUGCGUUUUAACUUGUGUUUUAUAAAUGACUAGCUGUGCCCGGCCACGCGUUGCUGUGGCCUUGUCUGGUGUUGUUGGUGAGAAAUUGUUGAGGUAGUGGUGGAAUUGAAUGUCUGUUGUAUGGUUGUCUUUAUGUUUAGUAUGCUUGUUUGUGUCCUGUGAAAGUGGUGAGGGUAGAGGACACUGUUUAUGUUGGAUUAGUGAGACUCUACUGUAUAUUUAUAAUCUUAUAUUAUCUGCCUAGAACUGCCCCUUCUACACAGCUGUAUAAAAUGCACACUGAAGCGAAUUAUCUGGCAGUGUGGACUCAAGAUAAUCCAGUUCAAAGCAGAUAAUAUAAGAUUCUAAAUGGGUAAUAUAGCUGUGUGGAAGGGCCUUGAGUCUACACUGCCAUAUAAUCCAGUUAAAAUCAGAUAAUCUGUAUCUUAUAGGCAGUGUGGAAGAGGCCUGAGGCCUAACUGUGCCUGUCCCCUAGACUGAGUAGGUUGCUAGGAGACCAAGUGGGUGGAGCUUAGCCCUCUAACUGGCAGCAAUUGGAUAAAAGCAAUUAUUCCUUUCCCUCUAAUUAGGACUUUAUUUUUCUUUUCUUUUUGUUGUAUCAACCUAGAGCCGUGGAUGAUGGGUUGUGUUGUCAAAUUUUGAGGUUGGGGGGCCUGUAGUUUUGUUGUUUUGUCCGCUGCCCUGAUGCCAUCACUCUUUUAUGUCAGAACCCUGCUACUAGAGCCUGGAUGUGGCUCUGAGUUUCAGGGUCACUGACAUUGAUAAGACACCUGCGUCCCAGGACUCGGAGGAGAAACGGCUGAUGGACUUGGCGGGGAAUUUGCGCGGGGUUUUACUGAGCGGGAAGAGACUGUUCAAAUGAGGGGGAGGGUAUAUAAAGGAGGGUUGGCCGGAGCCUCCCAUUCUUGGCUUUUCUGAUGUUCAUGUUUCCUACAGUAAAAGUUCCUGGUGAUACCACAGAGAGUCUCGUGUGUUCAUUCAGGAGCGGCUGUGGUGAGCUGACACUAAGCCAAGAAUACGGACACCAUCCCGCUGUAGCGGUGAGGUGUAACAUGCAAGUGGAGGAUGAAGAGCUCUUGGGCGCCGGAGGAGGAAGGUCGGAAAGGGCCACUCCCGAGACGGACGCUGAGUUCCACCAGCUGGCGGCCCUGGCGUCAUCCACCGCUUAUGCCCAGCCAAAUGGGGUAACCCAGAGGCGCGGAGUGGUGCGGGGAGAUAGCACCGGAGGAGAGGAAGGUUCACCUUCCCCAGGCCCGCAAAAGAUGGUGUUUCUGGAGGAGAGGAUGUCGGCGAUGGAGACCACCCUGGCAGUGAUGUCGAGGGCGAUGGAGCGCCUGGCGGUUUUGGCGGAGCCGGAGCGAGGAAGGGAACUCCGGGCUAGCUCAAUGUGGGACGUGAGCAUGGGAAGCAGCCAGGGCUUUGCAGACCUCCCAGCACCGAAGGGAAGGGAAAUGCGAAAGGAGCCCGGUGCCCGGCCCAAGAUCCAAACGAGCCUGACGCGGGUGGAGGAGAGUGACGACGAAGGGGAAAAGCCUCCGAGAAUCCCGGCUACGCUCCCAACUGAGACCCUGGUGCCCCUGGCGAAUGCCGGGCGUGGCACAGGACAAAGGGAAGCAGCAGCGGGGCCCACUGGCCCGCAAGGGGGCUUGCGACGGGCGGAGAAUUGGGGAUUGCCACCACAGGGACCCCUACCGAGACGAGAGGAACUAAGGAUCGAGUUUGGGGGAGAGUCCUCUGAACUGGAUUUUUUCCUGACCACGGUGAGGGGCUAUAUGGAGGACAAUGCCCACACUUUUAGAACGGAAUCCAGCCGGGUACGGGCCAUUGGUGCAGUGUUGAAGAGGGGAGCGGCCAGCUGGUACGUUCAACUACACGCGCGGCGCGACCCAUGUCUGGGGUCACUCCGACGCUUUAUGGGGGCCCUGGAGACCCGUUUCCGAGAUCCACUGGAGCAGAUCCGGGCGAGGGAGGAGUUGAAGACCGUCUCCCAGGGGCAGAGGUCGGUAUCUGAGUAUGCGGAGGAGUUCCAAUGCCUCGCUGAAAAGGUGCCGGAAUGGUCUGCAGUGACAAAGAUAGAACUCUUCAAAGAGGGGCUCAGGUGGGAGAUCCUCUCCUGGGCGGUGCAUCGUGAUGAGCCUGACACACUGCGCGGAUGGAUUCAGCUGGCGGGGCGCAUCGAGACAUCGCUGGCCCAGGCGAGGAGGCACCGAGGAGGGCUACAGCAGCGGCCGCAGAUGAAAGAGGGGAGCCGGAAGGAGGGAUCAACCCCAGCCGGGAGGAGAACGGAGCCGACAGGGAACGUGAGCACCAGCAGGAGGGGCUGCUUCGUGUGCGGCCGUUUGGGCCACAGGGCUGCCGAGUGCUGGCAGAGAAAAGGGGAAGGCGGAGGCCCGCCCAAACCAAGAGCCGUGGCAGGGAAACGCGCCGAGGAAGAACCACCGAUGAGGCACCACUCGGGGGGGUUGGACGAAGGGGAGGAGGACGCCAUGUCAGAACCCUGCUACUAGAGCCUGGAUGUGGCUCUGAGUUUCAGGGUCACUGACAUUGAUAAGACACCUGCGUCCCAGGACUCGGAGGAGAAACGGCUGAUGGACUUGGCGGGGAAUUUGCGCGGGGUUUUACUGAGCGGGAAGAGACUGUUCAAAUGAGGGGGAGGGUAUAUAAAGGAGGGUUGGCCGGAGCCUCCCAUUCUUGGCUUUUCUGAUGUUCAUGUUUCCUACAGUAAAAGUUCCUGGUGAUACCACAGAGAGUCUCGUGUGUUCAUUCAGGAGCGGCUGUGGUGAGCUGACACUUUUAUAUAU